AUGGAAGAGGUUUUCAGCAUAGCUCCGCAACCAUCAACUGAACUUGGAAGGUAUCGCGUCCUCUCAAGAAAUGCAGGAAUAAGGGUUUCCCCUCUAGUCCUCGGUGCUAUGUCUGUGGGGCAGGCAUGGGAAGAUCAGAUGGGCUCUAUGGACAAAGAACAGUCUUUUAAGCUAUUGGACGCAUUCUACGAGGCGGGCGGCAAUUUUAUCGACACUGCCAAUGCAUACCAAAACCAAGAAUCGGAAGAAUGGAUUGGAGAUUGGAUGGCGUCUAGGAAAAAUCGCGAUCAGAUGGUGAUAGCAACGAAGUAUACGUCGGACUACAGGGCGCAUGCUAUCGGCAAGAACAGGAGUGCGAAUUUUUCUGGCAAUCACAAGAGAUGCCUACAUGUAAGUAUCCGUGAUUCACUCUGUAAGUUAAAAACAGAUUGGAUUGAUAUUCUUUACGUUCACUAUUGGGACCAUUUAUCCUCAAUCGAAGAAGUAAUGGACAGUCUCCAUAUUCUGGUUCAACAGGGCAAAGUUCUUUAUCUCGGGAUUUCCGAUGCGCCUGCUUGGGUGGUCUCAGCUGCAAACACUUACGCAAAUGCCCAUGGUAAAACUCCGUUCUGUGUCUACCAGGGACGCUGGAAUGUCAUGGUUAGAGAUUUUGAACGCGAGAUUAUACCUAUGGCAAAAAAGUUUGGAAUGGCACUUGUUCCAUGGGACGUUUUGGGCGGUGGACGUUUUUUGACCGCCGAGGCUCUCGAGGAGAAAAAGAAGCAAGGAGGAAAGAUGCGGACCUUUGGCAAAUCUUCUGAACAAACGGAAAACGAGCUUAAAAUAAGUGAGGCGCUUGACAAGGUUGCCCGCCAGCACGGUCAGAGUAUCGCUGCUAUUGCUCUUGCAUACGUGAGAUCUAAAACGUCUCGUGUAUAUCCUUUAAUUGGAGGUCGAAACACACGGCAUCUUGAACAAAAUAUAGCGGCUCUCAGUAUCAAGUUGACCAAGGAUGAAGUAGAAUUCUUAGAAGAAGCACUACCAUUUGAAGCUGGGUUUCCACACAACGCCAUAGGCCCAGAUCCAUCCAUUACAGGAGAGAUUCCUUUCUUCACCGCCUGUUCAGCUCAAUUGGCUCUCGAUUGA